GAUACCUUCCUGAAUUACUGUCAAAAAGGAAACGCAGAUUCAAUCUUUUAAAAAUCUUAAAAUUACGUAUAUUGAGCGGACAUUCAAUGAAUGUACACCGCAUUCGCUUCCGUCGAUUUAGCAACUGCACGCUGCUCCGGUCAGCCAAUCCGUAUAUAACACGGAUUUAUCAGCGUAACCACCAGUAUACAUAGUAGUCCAUCACAAUCAUAUAGGGAUUCGGUAGACCUGCGGAGACCGUACACUUCCCAUGUGUGAUACGUAGUUCAAUAUGGCUGCGCCCACGACGAGACUUCGGAGGAACUAUCUACAUUUACAUUUUACAUUUUUGUCAUUUAGCAGACGCUUUUAAUGCAAAGCGAUUUACAAUUGCAUCUACAAGACCUAAACCGACGUCUGGCGGCACAAAACUAGGAAAUUAACAAAGAGCGUUGAACUAAGAAAGGAAGGUUGUGCCAAGUGUAUCAGUCUCCAGACUCCUAAAACAAUCGCUUCGCAUGUUUCUUCCCCGAGGUCAUCUGCCGAGCAAGCUAGUCAACCGAUAAGAUGGCAGAGACAUCCCAGGCCCUGAAAGAUCUGAAACUAAAAUCUGAAAUCAUGGAGUUGGUCGUAUCCAGAUUUGAACAGCUUCCAGAGACAGACAAGAAAAUAUUUGAAUAUGGUCCCAUAUAUCUGGGAAUUAAUGGGGCCUUUGCCGGAUUGAUCGCCAACAGUUUUUUCCGUCGUGUGCUUAAAGUCACUCAAGCCAGGAUCACCUCAAGCUUGCCCAUGGCCAUACUACCUUUCCUGGGGACCACAGCACUUUUCCAAGCCACUGUAUCAGAACCUCUGGUUUCAGGAGGUCUGAACUGUGAGGUCUGUGCCCAAGUCAGAGGUGCGCUGGUUACCCUAGUCGUUGGCGGCCUGUACCCUGUUGCUUUAGCGUUGCCUAUAAACGCAGGCCUGGCGUCAAGAUACAAGACAGCACCAAUGCCAGAAAAGGGGAAGGUCGUACAGUUCUUGGUCAAAACCUCAAAGCCCGUAUUCAGGAAAAUGGUCUUUGUAUACCUGCUCCAAGCUAUCUCCGGCUAUUACUUGGCUACCCUGCAGCACCGAAUCUACUGGAAAUUGCUGGAACUACCCGACACAAACAGCGAAGAUCGAAAAACUGUAGAUUAAAACCAAUUUUCGACUUAUUUGAAUGUGAAUAUUUCUACUGUCGUGUUUAUGUUAUUAAAUCUGUAUGAGAAGA